AUGUCCCUUUCCAAACUGCCUGUCACUUCGUCGGCAUCCCUGGGGCUGCAGCGUGUGGUUGCAGCGAUCCUUUUCAGCGGGCAGGGAUCCACACCCUCCACAGACAGCAUCCUCAAGAAGCUGCUGCAGCACUUUCCCCUGCUCGGCUGGGGGACCACGAACGUGGUCGAUCUGCAUAAAAUGGGGCCCUACUACUACGGGCUUGGCUCCCAGCUCCUGAAUUUUGACAAUCCCGAGAAUCCCGAGAUAGCUCAGACUAUCCUGCAGACGUUUGUUAGCCGUUUUCGGCGUAUCAUGGACUCCUCUCAGAACGCCUACAACGAAGACACGUCAGCGCUGGUGGCUCAGCUGGAUGAAUUGGAGCGCGCCUUAUUUCGAGCUGGCCAGAAAGGGCUGAAUGACUUCCAGUGCUGGGAAAAGGGACAGGCUUCUCAAAUCACAGCUUCCAGUCUGGUCCAGAAUUAUGGGAAAAGAAAGUUCGCAGACACGGAUGGUUAA